AUAUAGCAUUGGAUUGAGUGAUAACUCGAUGUUCACAUAGAAAUACAUUGAAAUACAUUGAAAGACUGUGAGUGACUGUUGGACUGCAAUAUGAAUGCAUUGUAUCUCAUAUUGACAUCAAUUGUAUUGCUAUUUACAAACAAAUAUCACACAAACACCUCAUGAGUUGAUCUCAUGUUUGGUCACUCAAUAUAGUUAUUAAUACUUAAAAAAACAUUGUUUUCCACUUUUCUUAACAAACCAUUUGUUUUACACAUUUUAUUAAAUGACUGAUUGAAACCAUUGGUUAAGACAUUUAUACACUUUUUUAAUUUGAUUGUAAUAUCAUUGAUUGAUCCGCUGGUUAAUAAUGAUGGACAAUACGGAUCAAAGACUUGCCAUCAAUGACAUGAAUGGACAGUCUGUUUUGAUGUCAAAUAUGGAACUAUUGCCCAAUAUGUCAGUGGAUGACCAGUUGAUGCAAUUAGUGAUGGAUAAUCCAAAUUAUAUGAUGCCAGAUAACAGUCAUUUGGUACAAAACCAACGCUCUGUGAAUCCAAUGGAAAGUCAUUCUGUAAACAGCGGACAGAAUGCCGUCGAGUCAUGCAAUUAUGUGACCAAUCAAUACGAUAAUCAAUAUCAUUCAUCCAAUGAUUCCCAUCGAUAUAAGUAUCGAAGUAGUGGUUUGUCGUCUGUCUCGGAAACUGUAACCCAUGUCUCGGAAACCGAUAGUUCGCUAUUAGGACAAAAUUAUGGAAAUGUGGGAAACAUUAAUGUCCAACAAAGCUAUCAAAUGUCUUCAUUAAAUAAUUGGUCACAAAAUCAAAAUCACAACAAUUUAAUUAGUCAUCAUCAACAACAACAACAGCAUUCACCUCAACCUCAACAACAGCAAAGUCAUGGCCCUAAAGAUAUAGUGAUGAGUAGUGUACAGUCAAUUCAUGGCAAUCAUAAUCAGCAUAAAGUGACCCCACAUUCAGCUUAUAUUCCUCGACAGCGUAUUUCAAACUUUGUCCCAACUAUGGCUACAAUGAAUCCAUCGACCACUUCAACUCCUGUAAAUCAAACACAUAAUAAUAUGGUUGUUCUCAACAAUAAUCACAAUAAUAUUGAUAAUCGUAAUAUCAAUAAAAACCAUUCACAACUAAUUACUGAAGGGUUAGUGCAAACACAUAGAGUUGAAUCACCAAUUGUUCAGAAACGGACUGUUAUUAUAUUUAAAGUGAUCGAUCAAAUUGUUGACAGUUCUGGUAAAGUAAUUAAAGAAACUGUAAUCAAAAAUGAAGAAAUUAUUAAGAAUUUAGGAAAAGGUGAGUGGAAUGAUGUGAUCACUCCAUUAUCAUCAAUAAGUAAUGUUUCCCGAAUUGCAUCCAAUCCGAGCUCUACUGGCGUAUUGGCUGAUGUAAGUUCUUCAGUGAGAAGUACCGGUACUACCAAUUCUUCUUCAAUUGAGUUACAAACUAACAAUGAAAACAAUAACAGCUUAACUAAAACUAAUUCUGUUAACAAAAACGAUGACUUUGUUAACAAAACUCCAAAUUCAACAAUACCUCCAAAUACUUUGGUUCACAUAAAUACAAAUUAUAAUAAAGAGAUUAAGAGUGAAACUGUAAAAUCAAAUGAUCAGCAAAAUGUUGAGCCAAAGAUCAGCGAAAAAGAUGAAGAAGAGAGAAGAGAAACGGCUACUGCUUUGCUGUCAUUAACUCAACGGAGUAUUAAUAUUGAUUGUAAUCAAAAUGAUAUAAAUUUAUUCAAUGAUUUUUCUAUUAAAUCGGGAAACAAAGUGAUGGCUAAAUGGAGAGAUAAAAAUUAUUAUCCGGCAAUUAUUUCCAAACACUUACCUCAAAACAACAAAUGGUCUGUGAUUUUUGAGGACAGGGCUACAAGAAGUUUGUUUGAAACAGAACUGAUUCAAUUGUCAUACUUAGUUAAAGGACAAGAUGUUAUGGUUACCAUUUCAGAUGGAUUUUGUGCAAAAGCUAUCAUAACUGAUGCUAUUUAUGAAUCAAAAGAUAUUCAAUUUGAUUUACAACAUCUCAAAGACAAUAAAAUGAUUGUUAAACGUUACCAAUUGAAAGAUGUCUUCUUAAAUGUAGAGCAAAGUGCAAACAUUUGCAGUAAAUCAUCCAAACCUUUAAUAAACGGCGCCGUCUUUGCUGACGUAGAUUUAGACAAUAUUGUGUGUGGAAAGAGAGUCAGACAAACAGUUAAAUCUGAGAUUAUAAUUGAGAAGUCAUCGCAACAGUUCCGAAAUGGAAAAAGAAGAGCUACUGAUAAUGCCUCAGGAGAUGCAGAUUAUGUCAAUGAUGAAGAAGAGUUGGACGAAGACAAAGAUUACGGAUAUAAAACUAAAAAGAAGUCAAAUAUUGGUCGAAACAUUAAAAAGAAAGCCGAAUCUCAUAAUAUUAUGAUUAAUAGCGAACACUCGUUGUCUAUAUCUCCCCGAACAUCGAAGGUUCACUCAUCAAUGCCUGCACAAGAACUGAUCAAAUUAUUGGGACCCUUACCUGAACCGGGAUCACAAAUAUUUGAAUCGUUAUCUUUUUUACUCACGUGUGGUGACAGAAACAGCGGUGAUAUUUGUAGUGAACAGUCAAACCCCGAGCGGUCAACACCUUUUGAUAAGUCAUAUCUGACAAAACAAAUCGAAACGGGAGGCGGAAAGGUAUUCGAGUCAUUUGAAGAAAUGAAAAAUUUCAGUCAAAACAAUGAUAUGCUUCUUAUAGCAGACACAUACCAUCGGUCUAUCAAAUAUAUCCAAUGCUUAGCUGCGGGUAUAUCAAUAGCCAGUCAUCUUUGGGUAAUCGACUGUUGUCGACAAAAUAAAUAUCUUAAACGAGACAAUUAUUCACUUCCCGCCGGAUUUAGUAUUAUUACUAAUGCGUUGCCAUCAGAUAAAAAUACCUUUAAGAAGAGUGCGAUACUAUUUAAAGGAACGAAAUUCUAUUUCGGAUCGAAAACACCCGAAAAACUUCAUAGUCUUUGGGCACCAGUUUUAUCGGCCGCUCAGGCGGUCAUUGUUAACAAUAACUCUAUUAAUUUGGAUGAAUUGUCACGUAAAUCUGUUGACAUAAUAAUCGGUGACACGACGUGUUCAGUAGAUUUGGUAAAGAAAGCAAAGCAAGUGAAGAUUCCAGUGGUUUCCAGUGAAUAUAUAGUUCAAUGUCUAAUCAAUGGCCGAAAGUUAUCAUAUGAUGCCAGUCCUCUAUUUUCAUAUACUUAUAAAAACAAUUUAUGA